GCGGGACGUUGUGUUUAACGUGACGUCAUUUCCGGAAACAACAUUACAACGUUUUGAAUUGCUAUAUUAUAUAGAUAAUUUGUCGAAAAUGGAUCAAAAAUAUAAAAGGCCGAGAUAAAAUGAGUGUAGAUGUGGCAAAAAAUGAAAAUUUACAGAAUUACAGACUGGUAGACCUUAUCGGAAAAUCAACGUUCGCAGACUUGAGUAACUUGGAAAUUGGAAAUCGUUCACAGCAACAAAAUGAAAGUCUUAAACAAAAGCACAAGAAGCACGAAAACCCCCGACACCUUAAUUGUUCAAAAUUAGAAGAUUUACUAUUAGCGGAGACGGGCGUUAAUUUAGAUAAAGGUAGUUGUACAGAUAUCACCCCGAGAGAUGUAAAUAAUAAUAAAAGUACUGGUGACUACAAUUAUCAAAAUAAAGACGAAUUGAUACCAAUAGACGACAUGCCAGAUUUCACUUGGCUCACAAAGGACUUUAAAUUUACUGACAUAACUAACACAUUUGGUGCUGAAGGCAAUGUUGCAGAAUCUUUUAGCGCAGUUGCAGACAAGGAACCAGGACUCAGCCAGAGGAAGGAACUAUCCAAACAUUCUCUUGCUUUGUAUGACACUGAAAAAUGCAUCCAAGAUGAUAGACUUGCGAUAGAACAAGAAAUACAAGAUAAAUACGCUGAAAUUGAUGUUUUGAUAUGUAAAAUCAAAGCAAAACGACAGCGGUCAAGACGUAGACGGAAGUACCAAUUACGAAAAUAUGAUAAUAUAAACAUGGACGACAGUGAAGAAUGGCUGUCCCCAUACGUCAACAUUUGUCCAAUCAAAAGAAGCAAACGGUGUGCACAGCCAAUAAGAAAUGCUGUCCUUGUGAGAUCAGCGAUGCGUAAAGCAUGCAAAGGUUUGCUCGGAUCUUGUUGCGGAAAAGGAUGUUGGGCGUCAUGGAAAUGGGUCAACCUAAGAGGUGUUAUAUCUGAUUACGAGUGAGAAGAGACUUCUUUAUUCAACAUAACUUUAUUUUUUAUAACUUAAUACAGCUUAAUAUUUUACAACAUUGACCAGCUUAAGGUGUAUAGUUAACGAAAUUGUUUCCAUAUCUAAGUUAAAAAGCUUUAUUCCAGGAAAGAAAUGCGUUCAUAUGUAGCAUGUGAGAAAUACUUUUAUCAAAUAAAAAAAUUGUACUUUA